AUGUUUAUUUUAUUGUUCAUCCGUUCAGGUCUACAACCGACACCCGUGGACCUUCUCCAACCCAUCGGCGCCCUACAACCAACAAGCGCGCAGCAACCGACCAACAACAACAUCAACAACACCAACAACAACAACAACGGCAGGCCCACAACAAAGCUCGGCGCCACGUGGGCCGACACGACCGGAGCGAUCAACAUCGACGUCGAUAACCUGCUGGCACCCAGGUCGCCCAAGGGCGGGCCAGCCCCCAGCAUCAACCAGCUCAAGUCCAGCCCCAAUUCCCCCGCGCACAAACCAAAUAUGCCAAGCUUGGCACCGAACAUGCCAAACUUGGCACCGAACAUGCCAAACUUGGCACCGAACAUGCCAAGCUUGGUACCAAACAGUCUCAACUUGGCACCAAAUAUGCCCAAUUUAGCGCCAAUGGGCUUGACGAACUCUAACAUGAAUCUAGCGAACGCGAAUAUGCUGCCAACGAACAUGCCAAGCAUGGCCAACACAGGCAUGCCGAUGGCCAACAUGCCAAUGUCGAUGACCAACGCGAGCGGGCCGAUGGCCAACAUGCCAAUGUCUUGGCCCACGCAGAUGGCCAACGUGAACAAUUUCAACAACAACAUGAUGAGGCCGCAGACGAAUCAGAACUUUCUGCAAUGA